AUGCCUGAAAUAAAAGUAACACCUUUAGGUGCUGGACAGGAUGUCGGUCGCAGCUGCAUCCUCGUCUCCAUCGGAGGCAAAAACAUCAUGCUGGACUGUGGGAUGCAUAUGGGAUACAACGACGAUAGGCGUUUCCCAGACUUUUCCUACAUAACACAGAACGGGCGUCUGACGGACUUCUUAGACUGCGUGAUCAUCAGCCACUUUCACCUGGACCACUGCGGCGCCCUGCCUUACAUGAGCGAGAUGGUGGGCUACGAUGGCCCGAUCUACAUGACCCAUCCCACCAAGGCCAUUUGUCCCAUUCUACUGGAAGAUUUCCGGAAGAUCACCGUCGACAAGAAGGGGGAAACCAACUUCUUCACCUCGCAAAUGAUCAAGGACUGCAUGAAGAAAGUGAUUCCUUUGAACCUCCACCAAACUGUCCAGGUGGACGAUGAGCUGGAGAUCAAGGCGUACUAUGCAGGCCAUGUCCUAGGAGCAGCUAUGGUGCACAUCAAAGUGGGAUCAGAGUCCGUGGUUUACACGGGGGACUAUAACAUGACGCCAGACAGGCAUUUAGGGGCCGCUUGGAUCGAUAAAUGCCGUCCAGACAUCCUAAUAUCAGAGUCGACAUACGCCACAACUAUCCGUGACUCAAAGAGGUGCAGAGAAAGGGACUUCCUGAAGAAAGUUCAUGAAUCCGUAGAAAGAGGAGGAAAGGUGCUCAUUCCAGUUUUUGCCCUGGGUCGUGCACAGGAGCUCUGCAUCCUCCUGGAAACAUUUUGGGAGAGAAUGAACCUAAAGGCCCCGAUCUACUUUUCCACUGGCCUGACAGAGAAAGCCAAUCAUUACUACAAGCUUUUCAUAACAUGGACCAAUCAGAAGAUCCGAAAAACCUUUGUUCAGAGGAACAUGUUUGAAUUUAAACACAUCAAAGCCUUCGACCGCUCCUAUGCAGAUAAUCCUGGACCGAUGGUGGUGUUCGCCACGCCAGGUAUGCUGCAUGCUGGCCAGUCUUUGCAGAUAUUCAAGAAAUGGGCCGGCAAUGAGAAGAACAUGGUGAUCAUGCCUGGGUAUUGUGUGCAAGGGACUAUUGGUCAUAAAAUCCUAAACGGGCAAAGAAAACUUGAGAUGGAAGGAAGAGCAACGCUGGACGUGAAGCUGCAGGUGGAGUACAUGUCCUUCAGCGCCCACGCCGACGCAAAGGGCAUCAUGCAGCUCAUCCGCAUGGCAGAGCCUCGCAGCAUGCUGCUGGUGCACGGGGAGGCCGUUAAAAUGGAGUUCCUCAAGGGGAAGAUCGAACAGGAGUUCAGUAUAGACUGUUACAUGCCAGCCAACGGGGAGACGGCGACCGUGACGACUAACCCCAGCGUUCCUGUGGAUAUCUCUCUCAACCUGCUCAAGAGGGAGAUGGCUCUUGGAGGCCCUCUGCCUGAUCCUAAAAAGCCUCGCGCCAUGCACGGAACGCUGAUCAUGAAAGAAAAUAGCUUGAAGCUGGUGUCGUCGGAGCAGGCCCUGAAGGAGCUCGGCCUCAACGAGCAUCAGUUACGCUUCACCUGCCGCGUGCAGCUCCAGGACCCGCACAGCGACUCCGACACGCUCCACAGGAUCUACUCGCACCUGAAGAGUGUGCUAAAAGAUUACACCAUCCAGCAUCUCCCUGACGGAACAGUCAUGGUGGAGUCCAUCGUCAUCAAAGUCUCCUCUUCAGCCGAAGACGCCAACACCAAAGUCCUGCUGUUAUCCUGGAGUUAUCAGGAUGAAGAUCUGGGGAGCUACCUCUCAUCUCUGCUCAAAAAGGGCCUUCCAACUUGAUUCUGCUGGUCAUUUGUUUUAAACUGUAGUCACUUGAAAGGACCCGAGUGUCCGUGACAACUUUCUGUGUCCUGGUCCUCAGCGCAGAGACCGUCAGCUGUCUUCUCGUCAGCGUUGAUGCUGGAGCUGCUUCCUUUCCUUAGCAGGAAAACAGCGACAACUCCAAAGGCUCCUCUCCUGCUGAUCGGACGACUGAAACUUCCAGACAAAUUCAGAUUUUUCAUUUUAUUUUAUUUUGAAAGAUGCCACCACGAUAACCCGUUUCACAGAACAAGCUCCACUCUGCGAUAUUGUAAUUAUAUACCCAGUGUUUAAGUUAUUUACAAUUGUGUAUUUACAUCUACAGUAGGUUUAAAAUGUGUAAACACCCCUGUUACAAUGUUGGGUCUUCAUGACAAGGGGAAAAAAAACAGGACCUCUGUGAUUCAUUUCGAAACUUCUUCGACCUUUAAUGUGAUAUACUGUAUAUCCUGUACAUUUUAGCUGAAGACAAACCCAUAACAAUAAAACGUGGAGUGCUUUCA